AUGGCUCAAGAAUCCACAUUGGCUGUUCCCCAAAUGCAUCGGGUGCUCUACUUGAAUUCGACAAGAGACCCGUACGAUAUUUCCGUCGUCGAGCAGCCCACACCACAGGCCGGACCAGGCAGUGCGGUCAUAAAAAUCCUCGGAGCAGCCGUCUUGUCAUACGCCAGAGAAAUUUUCAGCGGCCGCAAGCCCUACCCAUAUCCUACCCCCUUCGUGCCUGGCGCCUCUGCCAUUGCUCGAGUCGCAGCAGUCGGUCCAGACGCGACGACGCUCGAAGUGGGCCAGCUGGUAUACUUUGACUGUUAUAUUCAUGGGCGUGACGAUCCCAAUUCAUUGAUUCUUCAUGGCCUAUAUUAUGGGUUCGAUCCCGGAAGUAACAGGCUUAUGGAAAAUGAGUGGCGGAACGGUACAUACGCCGAGUACUCCAAGGUGCCGUUAGAGAACUGCUUUCCCUUGGACGAGCGGAGACUUCUCGGCGACCCUGCGGAUGGUGGUUUCGGCUAUACUAAGGCGGACUUGUCGUAUUUGUCCAAGUUGGCCGUUCCCAUAGGAGGCCUUCGGAAUGUGAACGUUCGGGCUGGUGAAAAAGUCAUCAUCGCGCCGGCGACGGGUGCUUUUGGCAGUGCCGCCGUUCUAGCUGCGCUAGCCAUGGGAGCGCAAGUUAUCGCCGUGGGAAGAAAUCUCGAUGCACUGAAGAAGGUAAAGUCUCUCAGUCCCGAGGGAAGAAUCAGGACAGUCCAGAUCACCGGCGACGUGGCUCAAGACGUCCGAGAGUUGACCGAAUUUGGUCCCGCCGACGUUUUCUUCGACAUAUCGCCGGAAGAAGCAGCUAAAAGCACACACUUUACCAGUUGCAUCCAGGCAUUGGGACGUGGAGGUCGAGUCAGUCUUAUGGGAGCAUUCAUGGAGUUGACGUUGCCUAUUAUGGCGAUGUUUCAAAAUGAUAUUAACCUCAAGUGCAAAUUCAUGUACACGAAGCAGGACAUAAGAUUUAUGAUUCAGCUAGCUGAGGCUGGGUAUCUGAAGCUUGGUCAGGUUGGGGGUAUUCAGACGGCUGGCUCGUUUUCGCUGGAGGAGUUUGAGACUGCUUUUGACACGGCUGCUGAGAUGGGUGGUCCGGGUAUGCAGACUAUUAUCGCUCCCUAA